AUGAGUGCUGGCCCCCAGCUGCAGCUGGCUGUCCUCUGGCCUUGGCUGCUAAUGGCUACACUGCAGGUCGGACUUGGCCAUACUGGGCUGGCACUGGCAGCGGAGUCAGAGAGGUCAGCAGCACAGAAGGCUAUUAUUAGGGUGAUCCCCUUAAAAGUGGAGCCAAUCACAUUGGAAGGAGUGUUUGCUAAUGUUGCUGAGGUUACUCCAGCAGAAGGAAAAUUGCUGCAGUUCCACCCGCUGUCUCUGUGUAACACCAGUGAGGACGAGCACACCGGCUCCGGCUUUAUCACUAUUGUCAAACUCGAGCGGCCCGAUCGAGAUCUGCACCCCUGUCUGUCAUUGGCCAACAAGGCGAAACUAGCAGGGGAGCGGGGGGCUCGUGCCAUCCUCUUCGACAUCACAGAUGAUGAAAGCGCUGCUGACCAGCUGAGGAAACCCAGGGGCCUGAGUCAGCCUGUGGUUCUGAUCCGGGGCCAUGAUGCUGAGCUUCUGAUGGGCGUCGUGAACAAGAAUCGAGAAGCACAUGUGAAGAUUGAGGUUAAAGAGCAGCCAGCAUGGCCAGACUAUGAUGUGUGGAUUCUUCUCACAGUGCUGAGCACUGUCAUUGUGAUCGUUCUGAUUUUUGUCGUUCGCACCAAGUGUCACUGGAACAGGACUCAGGACUCCUUGCAGCAGCAGACCAUGCAGGCGAUCAGCCAGUUGGCCAUCCGGAAGUACCAGGCCCGGUGCCGACAGGCCGCCCUAAGGGAUUCGGCCAGCAGCUGCAGCUCAGCCCCCGUCUGCGCUAUCUGUCUGGAGGAGUUCAGCGAGGGCCAGGAGCUGCGGAUUAUUUCCUGUUCCCAUGAGUUCCACAGAGAGUGUGUCGACCCCUGGCUGCAGCAGCACCACACCUGCCCGCUCUGCAUGUUCAAUAUCAUUGAGGGGGCUGCCUUUGCCCAGCCUGCACAUUUGAGGCAGAAUUCCCAGGAUCUGGAACCUGGGCAGCGGCUUCACCUCUUCCGGCAACACCCAGGACACGCCCUGUAUCACCUCCCAGAGGCCCACCCCCAGCGGCGGCUCAGGAACUUUGCUUCGCAGCUCCCCCAUGGCAACCCCUUCUUCCAUUCCCCAGAGCUCUCCCAGUUGGAUUUCAGCACCAUGCACUAUUUGCCAUACAGGCCAGUGGGCUCCAGGGCCACAUGCAGCCAUCAGCCCUCUCUAGCCCAAGGCCUAGGGAAUGAGCAGCACCGAAAAUCUCCAGCAUGUGGGCAGAUGCCAUCUUCUCACAGGACCUGCCCACUUCAGCACCAGGCCCGUUGCCUGGGAUUCAGGACUGCGGUAGUACCGAGACAGCACCACGCUGCCCCUCUUCGUCGGGGAACCAGUCAUGGGCGACAGCACAACAGCAGUGGCUCAGGGGAGAGCUAUCUCACAGAGCACAGUGGGUACCUGGCUGAUGGGCCAGGCAGUGACUCCAGCUCUGGACCCUGUCAUGGCUCCUCCAGUGACUCUAUGUUGAAUUGCACAGAUGUCAGCCUCCAAGGCACCCAUGGCAGCUGCUCCACCUUCCGCAGCUCCCUGAGCAGUGACUAUGACCCCUGGGUGUACUGUAGCUCCACUGACAAUGGCCAGGAGCAGCUGCAGCCUCCGGGGGAGCCAAGGCCGAGGUCUUUGGACUUGAAGGAGACUGGCAGCACUGCAUUAGCCAAGAAUCAGAUACUGAGUCAUGUCCAUUAUCACCACCACAGGCACCAUCACUACAGGAAAGACCUAGAGUGUCCAUCUGGGAGAUCAGGCCAGGAACCCAGCCAGCGUAAGCCCCGGUUUGCUGGGGCUGUGCCCAGUGCUCGGACACAAAAGAGGACUGAGAAAACUCGUCACUGCAAACAGCCUCUUGAAAGCAGCCCAAUGUCCCAGGCUGCAUCUCUGUCAGGACAGGUCUCCUGUGUGCAUCAGGGACCUGACCUCUCAAAGCACCUCUCCUCUUCUGCAGACGGGUCUGACUUCAGCUGGGUGGCCAGUAGGCAAGCUGGAGCAGCUGGUCCAUUGUCUUUCCCGCUGUCACAGAAACAUGGCUUACAAAGCCGUCACCACAGAAGGAAACGGAAGUGCCGCCCGGAGCCUGUUCUGGCUCACCUUUCAGAGGACUCAGACGUGCACAAAGACUGCAAUGUUCACAUUCACUAUGGCCACUCCCCUGGCUACUGCUGCUCCCCAGAAGUUCAGCCACUGUUGCCAACGGCCCCUAUGCCCUAUUGCUCAGGCUCUCAGGUGGUUUGGAAGUGCCGAGUCCCGCCCUCCAACUUGGAGUCCCAGCAGCAGGACAAGGACCUAUCAGAAUGGGAGGGGAAACCCAUGUAUCCAGUUGAUUUCUCAGGGACAGGCACCACAGAAGACAACACAAGUCUUUACCUCCCCUGCCAAACUCUGCAACACAAUCAGGUGGGGGGCCCAAAACUGGAUGCAAUACUCCAGAUGUGGCCUCACAAGUACCGAUUAGAGGGGAAUAAUCACUUCCCUUGA